AUGGACGCUACUCAACUCAAAUCCACUGGAUUAAAAUUCGCAGGCAUUGCUGGUGCCUUGCAUGUCCUCAAGGCGAAAAGACCCUUCCUCUGGGCUGCCUUCUUAGCACUCCACCCAGCCAUUAAGGCCUCGUUAUCUGCGCUGGUAUUGAGUGGAGAAUGCUCUGAUACAGCCUCCAAUGGAAUCAGUUCAAUUUUGUUGUAUGUUGCUUCGGUCGACAGCGUUGUGCCAAAGGACUACGUCCUGGUGUACAUUUGGAUGAGUUACGUGAUAAUGUGGGGUAGUAAGAGAGCUAAGAAGUUAAAGGAAGAACAAGCCGAAAAAAUCAAGGGUAAGGCUGAUAGUAUCCUUGCGUGUGCCUUAAAGAAGUAUGAGUCUUUGAACCUCUCAUCUCAAACUUUCAAUAAGCUUGCCUUUUCGGCCAUCUUUGCUCAGUUGAUAUCCCAUUAUCUCUCCCAUGGAAGUAAUCACAACAAUAAGCAUCUUGCCGAUUUUGUGAGAACUAAAGUUUUCAACCCAGUCUGGUUACAUUAUUCCGUAACCUCACAUAAACAUUCUUUACAAUGGAAAGCAAUUCUUAAGUCAUAUGUCAAGGCUAAUCUCUUGUUAUUGGCUGUUUCUGCUGCUUUUACAUACAAGGGGUUCAAAGAGAAAUUAGACCAAAAGAAAAAUGGAAUUUACUUGAAUUUGACUGAAAGACCAUCCACGUACGAAUUGGUCACGAAAUGGCUUAAGGGAGCUGCUAUUAACGCAAGGUCAAUUAUCAACUUGAUCUACUUGCCAAACAUUUUAUCAAUGAUAUUGUUUUACUAUACUCUGCCUAUUGGCGCCAUAGUAGGAUCGAGGGAGCCUACACUUAAAAAUUAUACCAAGUUGAUUGGGUUCAUACUGAGUUACAUCGCUGUAACUUUCAAUUACCCAGUAAACCCAAAGGUAUUUGGGGCCAUUAACUUGUACUUAUUCAGAUUAAUUGUCUUGAGUAAAUGGAGAAUUGCCAAAGAAACGAGACUUCAACUCCCAUAUUGGCAUAAGCUUGAGGCAAUUGUUAUGAGUUACGGUGUUUUUACAUUAAUGAACUUGAAGAAUAAGGGUGUCCAAGAGACUUUGGUUAAUGCUAUUGGUAAAAUUAUGUAG